UUCUCACUGCAGCGGCGACCCCACCAGCCCUCUCUGCCUUCAGCCUCUUCAUUGCCUCUUUUUCUGAGCCUCGAAAAAAUCUCUCCCCCCUUCUCCCACCUCCUUCCUUCUCUCUUCUGCAAACCCUAAUUCGCCCAUCAAGCCAGACCCCUUCAUUCCUCCCCCAACUUCUCCACCUAUCAGUUACAUCCCUCUUCCUCCGUCACAGUUGAGAUAUAUGCCUAUUUUUAGACACUCGUACCUUUUCUUUUUAUAGAAACCUGUUCUCUUCAGCUCUGGGAGUCAGUUCAGGAACAGAUUUGAAUUCCUGCAGAUUUCAGCACCUGAGAGAAUUAAACUGUCUUUACUUUUCCAAAAGGCUGGGGUAGCACAAUUUUCCCUCCAAUAUCCGUUUAACUCCUCACUACAAGACUACAAGCAUGUGCUCCAGCGGCGAGGAAGAAUAUGAUUCGAGAGCUGAAUAUGACACAGUUGGUCCAGCCUCUUUGAAUGGUACCAAUACCCCGUUUGGUUCCUUCUUUUCACCUAUUUCUCAUUCUAAUCAACAAAACCCCAACUUCUUUGAUCCUUCACCUAAUAAUUACCUCCACGCUGCAUCACAAUCUCUACCAGCUGCCUCCAUUCCGAAUUCUGAGCCUAGUUGCACUCUCCCGCCAGAGCCACCAUUAUCAUCUUCAUCGUCAUCAUUUUUGUUUGCCGGUAAUCCAUUAGUUGGAGGGUGUCGCAGAGAGACAGCCCAUGAGCACAAUAAUGCAGUGCGGAACUCAAAGAAGCGAAGCAGAGCGUCAAGGCGGGCUCCCACUACCUUUAUCACCACCGACACCUCCAAUUUUAGAUUCAUGGUGCGAGAGUUCACCGGUGUCCCGGCUCCACCGUCUUCAGCCGCAUCCCAUUCUUGCCGCUUCCACCCGUUCCGACCUUCCCCUCGGUACCUUGACCCCCCAAAUCCAUUUUUAUCACCUUUAUCAUCUUCUGCUAAUAUCAACGCCACUGUUAAUAUUGCCCCUGCUGAGAACGUGGUUCAUCCUACAGCCCCUGCCGCCGCCACUCAUAAUGCCCCAACUUCUCAUCAACUCCUUUCUGAUUUGGGUUUCGCCUUCCAAACACCUCAUCAUCUCCCUCUUCCUACGAGUUUUAGUUCAAAGUCUCAACCUUAUGGAUCUGGGUAUGAACCAUGCUCCGUUGAAACACCCUUUUCUGAGUGGCCGGUCAAUGCCACUAACUCGUGGCCUUCCCACUUCUAACGGAGGAGGAACAAGAGAUCAAUCGAAUGCCCUUUCCAGCAGCUACGGUGUCUGCCUUCGUCCUGCAUCUUUUACUAUCACAAGGCCCUCCAGCUCAACACCUCCAACUCGAAAAUGGCCGGACCCACCCCUCAUUCAUGGACUUGUUCUUGUGAUUAGAAAUCCUGCACACCUAAUGCAGCAUUAUUACCGACUAGAAUCAAUGAUGCAGUGAAUUGAUAUCGCCAUGAUGGUGUGAUAUAUGGUUUGUUGUAAUAAUUGUAUUUCCAGUGACAUGUUCGCUUUUUCUUUUUCUUCUCUUCCUCACGUUUACAUAUAUUUGCUCCUUUGAUUUAUAUGUAGCACUUGAGUACCAGAUGAUAUUUUCUAAUUUGUUUUUCAUGCACCACCAUCAACUAAUUGAGAAGUUUAUCCA